AAUCAGAUGGCGUCACCACAGAAAUGGAGUUUUUUUCUGCCGGUUCUAGAAAACCAACCACGAGUUGUCGUCGUGUGGGAGAAUCCAUCUUGAAGAGAGCUCUCCGGUUGUGUGACCAUUAUUGCAGUGCAAACAUGUCCGAGGCAGAGCAGCAAUACAUGGAAACAUCAGAAAACGGCCACGAAGUCGACGACGAUUUUGACGGGGCCGAAAUCACCGAGGAGGGAAACGACGAGAGCGCCGGGAAUGAGUGCGAGGAGGGCGCAGGGCCCGACGGCGACGCCGACGGCAACUCGCAAAACGGCGGAACGGAGGGCGGACAGAUCGACGCCAGCAAAGGCGAGGAGGAUGCGGGGAAAAUGUUUGUUGGUGGUCUAAGCUGGGAAACGAGCAAGAAGGAUCUUAAAGAUUACUUCACUAAAUUCGGGGAGGUGACUGACUGCACCAUAAAGAUGGACCAGCAGACGGGCCGGUCAAGAGGCUUCGGCUUCAUCCUCUUCAAAGAUGCAGUCAGUGUCGAUAAGGUUCUUGAGCAGAAGGAACAUAGGCUAGAUGGGCGAGUGAUCGACCCCAAGAAGGCCAUGGCUAUGAAGAAGGAUCCGGUCAAGAAAAUCUUUGUGGGAGGCCUUAACCCCGACACUUCAAAGGAAGUCAUCCAAGAGUACUUUGGGACCUUUGGAGAGGUCGAGACCAUCGAGCUUCCACAAGAUCCAAAGACGGAAAAGAGGAGGGGAUUCGUAUUCAUCACGUAUAAAGACGAGACUCCUGUCAAGAAGGUCAUGGAAAAGAAGUACCACAACGUCGGUGGAAGCAAGUGUGAAAUCAAAAUAGCGCAGCCCAAAGAGGUCUACGUGCAGCAGCAGUACGGUGCCCGUGGAUAUGGAGGACGCGGCAGGGGCCGUGGAGGCCAAGGCCAGAACUGGAAUCAAGGUUACAACAACUACUGGAACCAGGGAUACAACCAGAACUACGGCUACGGACAGCAAGGCUACGGAUAUGGCGGCUACGGCAACUAUGACUACUCUGCUGGUUAUUACGGCUAUGGGGGUGGCUACGACUACAACCAGGGCAAUACAAGCUAUGGGAAAACUCCAAGACGUGGAGGCCACCAGAAUAGCUACAAGCCAUACUGAUCACACGUAGUGCAGGUCUAAAGUAAAUAAGAAAAAGAGAUCCAUGGUCUGACCACAACCAACAUGGGCUCUGGCUUUUCCUUUGGAGUUGGCAGAAAUUUGGACUCAUGCUCCAUUUGUACAGAUCAAGUGAGGAACUGGGGAAGCAAAUGUCACUUUUCCACUUUUUAUUUUAUAUUGUUUUGUGUCCAUUUACAUUUCCAGUGAUGGAAGUGUUAUUUUUACUGUACUUUUUGGUACCUUUUUGAAUCUAAUGUAUUGUAUGGUUGUAUUUUUACAUGUCUACUGGAUUUACAGAUGAGCCGGAGCAAGAGCUUUUAAAGCUCAAAAUAAAACAAUUUUCUUUUUUUUUUCUUUUUGGUGUUUCUAGAUCUUUCGUUAUUAUCUCCCAUGCUGAAAGUUGGUUGCAUGGCUUUAGAUAUGGGUUGAGGCAAAAUAAGGGAUUUAAACUAAUCAAAGGGUUCAUUGUAAGCGUGUUAAGUGAAUGUUUCAGAUUGACUAGUAGACAAAGACAACCAGCAUUUUUUUUCUCUCCUUUUUUGGGCUUUUAAGAUUUUUUUCCCCCCAUGUCUGCAAUUUUAAGUGGCUUUACUAGUGUUAUCCACCUGAACGCAAGCCUGUUAAAUGUAAGAGGGUAUUCCCUCUCUCACUGGAAACUCAUUCCUCUAGUGUCUUGGGCAAAUUGAUAGAAAUAAACUUUGGGUUUAUAAUUACA